AUGGGAGAGGGCGAAGGGGCGCACGAUGGAGGCAAUGCCCUUCCUGGCGGCGCGAAUGGAGACGGGGUGCUCUGGGUGGGCGCCGCCCCGGCGGCGCGCCAGGGAGGUGAGCGGGCCUACGGCGCUGGGGUUUGCAAGGCCCUUUUCGGCGUCGAGUCACGGAACGGGGGGCCUGCAGCACCUGUGGAGUGUGGGCGUUCUCCCCAGGCGGCGCCAUGGAGACGGGGCCUGCAGGGCGGUGGAGGUGGGCGUACCGGCGGUGUGUCAUGGAGAUGGAGGCCUCAAGCGCGCGUGUGGAGAUGGGCACCCUCCUGGCGGCGCGCCAUGGGGACGGGCCCUGCACCGCGUGUGGAGGUGGGCGUCCUCCCGGCGGCGGGGAAUCAGGGGCAGCCUGAUGGGAGGCGGGUGAGGCAAUCGGAGCUCGAGUUCUGGGUUGCAGCGACGGAGGCAGUCGGGAGGUGGUCUAGGCGGAGGAGGGAGGAACCCAGCGUUUUUAAAGGCAACUUCACCUACAGGAGCUACAUCUAUCAUUCACCUAGUGCUUUGAGAUUGAUGGACCAGGCAGUCAUUAUGAUCAACUCCAUGAAAAAAGACUCAUGCAAGGUUAACUUGAGACUAGAUAGCAUCUCUAAAUAUCAGUUUGUUGUCGAGGAGGUGGUGCGCAAGAGGGACAAAGCUGGGAUCAUCGUGGGUGGCAUCGUCGUCCUCAUGGCCUUCAGGCACAUCACCAGAUGCGUCGAGGUGAACCGAGAGUGGCACGCGGAGCGCGCGAGGCUGCAAGCCAUACAGACACAGAGCGCAGCAGGUAACCUGCCGGCGAUGCACAACGUCGAGCUGGAGUCGGUGAAUCGAUUCCUGGACGGCAUCCUGCGCGAGAAGCCCGCGCGGUUCACGCCGGAGAACCUGCGCGAGUUCACGGGGGGCUACGCGGAGCGGGUCGGUUCCGGCGGCUUCGGCGUGGUGUACCGCGGCAGGUUUCCGAACGGCGUGCUCGUGGCCGUGAAGGUGCUCAACGGCACGCUCGACCGGCGCGCCGAGGAGCAGUUCAUGGCGGAGGUCGGCACGGCGGGCCGCACGUACCACAUCAACCUCGUCCGCCUCUACGGCUUCUGCUUCGACGCCACCACCAAGGCGCUCGUCUACGAGUACCUCGAGAACGGCUCCCUCGACCGCGUUCUCUUCAACGCCGCCGCCGGUGGCACCCACGUGCUCGCGUUCGACACGCUGCACGGCAUCGUCGUCGGCACGGCGAAGGGGAUCAGGUACCUGCACGAGGAGUGCCAGCACCGGAUCAUCCACUACGACAUCAAGCCGGGCAACGUGCUGCUCGCGGCGGACUACUCCCCGAAGGUGGCCGACUUCGGGCUCGCCAGGCUCUGCAACCGCGACAACAGUCACCUGACCAUGACCGGCGCGCGGGGCACGCCCGGGUAUGCGGCGCCGGAGCUGUGGCUGCCGCUCCCCGUGACCCACAAGUGCGACGUGUACAGCUUCGGCAUGCUCGUGUUCGAGAUACUCGGGAGACGGCGAAACUACCAGGCCGCCCAGUCCCAGCACGCGGCGGCGGCAGGGCCGGACACGAUGAUCAGCCAGGAGUGGUACCCGAAGUGGGUGUGGCAGAGGUUCGACCAGGGGCGGUUCGACGACGUCAUGGCGGCGUCCGGGAUACGGGCCGAUGACAGGGAGAAGGCCGAGAGGAUGUGCAAGGUGGCGCUGUGGUGCGUGCAGUACCAGCCGGAGCUGAGGCCGGCGAUGAGCAGCGUGGUGAGGAUGCUCGAGGGCGAGGAGGAGAUCGCGCGGCCUGUGAACCCGUUCACGUACAUGGCCAGCCUCCAGAUGACUUCUGGAUCGAGCAGCGGCGGCAGCACUACUGCCACUACGUCCGGCGAUUCCGCCAACAGAUCCUCGGCAUGA